AUGCAGGUGUUGUCAGAGGCGGUCCCCAUGACAUGCGGAGAGGUGUUUGCCCUGCUGCGCCGCCGCCGGGAUGAGCGAAACGCCACUCGGCACCCGCCCUUUGGGCUGCAGCCCGCGCUCGCCGACAGCCACCAGCGUGCCACUGUCGCCACCGCCACUAAAGCAGCACCAUCAGCAGCAGCAACGUCCGUCGUGAGCAGCAACGUCGGGCAGCACAGCAGCAGCAAAGCAGUGCCGGCCGGGGCUAUUGAGAGCGCCUCCGCGGCUGCAGCGACGUCGACCGCCAACAUCCUCGCCUCAUCCUCCUCUAGGCAUCUGGUCGUGCUCCUCACAGAGGUAACCAUGCUCAACUACAUCGCGAACCACUCCUCUCUGCUCCCUGAGUCAACAGCACAGACGCUGGCUAGCGCACGGGGGCUCACCUUCACACCGCGCGACAUGUAUGGGCCCACAUCGGUGUACAACAGGGUCGCCAGCGCGCUGACAGCCUGCAGCACCGAAAGCCAAAGUGGUGCCACCGCAGGGACGUUCGCAACAGCCGCGGACGCGCUGGUCGAUGCAGAGCUCGUGUCAUCCUGCUACGCGAAGCUGACCACUUACCGCCCGGGGACACGCGGUCAUGUCCGCGGCGUCGAGGAGCUGCUGGAGCACUUCGAAGAGGUAGGACGUGCACAGGAACGCUUCUACGCUGCAGGGGUGCGCCGCGCUGUGCAGCAGCUUUGGCGCAGGCGGCUGUGGGUGCCAACCGGUGGUCCGUACCCGCCGCCACCUCCGCCGUCUGCAACGACAGCGCCGUCGUUGCGCAACUGUGGCGCCCUGGUGAAAACAGAGUCGGUCGCCGAGGAGGAUGUCAGCGGUAUUGCGGAGGCGAUUCAGAGGUCGUCCCUGGAUUCCCAGCACUUGUCCCCCUCCGCAGUGGCAACGACGACGACGACGACGACGACGCAGGACAGGGUAGCCAGGCGGAGCGGUGCUGCAGAAACGAAAGUCGACGCUGAGGGUGCGCGGCCCACCAAUGCGUCGCGCUCGCUAACGCCGUUGCUGCUGGAGCCUACUCCGCUGUGGGGUCCAGCAGCAAGGAGCGGCGGUGGUAAGAGUAGCACGGAUGGCGGCGCGGCUACGCCGAGCACAGCACACAGUUCGCUCAGCUAUCGCGCGCAGGUACAGCAGCAGCAAAGGAGUCGGUCUCUGUUGUCGGAGGCUGAGGUGCUACAGCUCGUCGUAGGCCGGCCGCAGCGUGCACUUGACGUGUACCGACUGCUAGACGACGUCGAUGGUCGUCUGCAGUACAGGGAGGAGGCGGUGAACGCCUUCGUGGAGGCUGUGACUGCCGUCUUUGCCGAGUGA